AUGCAGCUUAUGCUACUUGAACAGCAAAACAAGAGACGACUCAUGAUGGCCAGACAGGAACAGGACGCGAUUAUGGGUGGUGGAAGCUCCACCAAAGACAGCACAAUACCAUCGCUGCCUACCACCCACAUGGAAGAUGUGGGCGACAAUGGUAAAGACGUUGCCCCCGCGAAUCACGUUCAAAUAGCCCAGAUUCAACAGGAGAUUGAAAGGCUUCGCAGGAUUCAAAACACCUUAAAAUCUACAACCUGGCUUGUGCUUCACAAGAUACAAGGCGAUGAAACCACAUAUAUAGCAGACCCCUCCUGGGCACCGAAACAAGGGCAAGCGCCAUACUUUAGAGGAAAUUCACCGCUAGCCAACGAAAGCGAAUACCUCAAACAUAGAUCAGAUGCUGCCUUCGUGGUGUACAGACACUACGAUCCAACAUUUCAAGCCAAGGAUAUCCGCAAGGCGAGGGAAGAGGGUCUUCCGCUACCGUAUCCCAAACCUGCAUGGGAGGUUGUGCAGCCACUAUCUGAGCAGAUGAUCGCUGCGCUGGAUGUGUUUGUCGACUCGCAUCCGACCUUCCGGGACAAGUUCCCUGGUUGGAGGUCCACCGAUCCCAUCAAUUCACCUUUUUUGUUCUGGUACUGCUAUCGUGCUGCCACCGACCUCCAAGCCAUGGACGAACCACACAGGAAGCAGAUGACACUGCUUACAGAAUGGAUUGAUAAGAACUAUAGCGAAAUGCACGCUGCUGUUGAGGAUAAGUUUUCGCAAGGAUAUGUGUCAGAGGCAACAAUGCCGUUUUUUAUACGGCCUGGCGAGGUGUUGGUAUCAAUGAAUGAAAGAGGCAUAAGCGGUCAUAUCGCCGAAUCGUGGCCUGCUCAAGGGUUAACCAAUUAUGGGUCGCCCUCUCAUCCCAACGGGCCUCGGAAGGUUACGCAGCGCUGGUCAGUGGGUGCUUGGUCUUAUGGAUACGAUGGAAAGUUCUACAAGAAUUCCGCGGUUCUCACUAUCAGCCUCGAGUUUGACGAAGAUAGCCCAGACGUCAGCAUAGCGGAAGUGAAUAUCUUACCCAUCAGGUUCGGGAACAAAGACUUCCGCACGAAACUCGAACGUCGAGGGCGAACUAUGUGGGCUUGCAAAGGAAGAAACUUGAUCGCCUACAACGACAUCAGCGAGAACAACUUGUCCAGUGAAGGAGAGCGAUACAUGAUCGACUUCAAUACGUAUAAGCAACUUCACUCAGAUUCGCACAAAUUCAAGAUGGCUUAUCCAUCGUUGACAAACCCCUACCGCAAAGAAAUGGAGCCGUCGGUUAUGGAGUCCGAUGAGCCGCCCGAGGGCGCUGAAUUAUUCGUCUUUCCCAGCACUGUUGUUGGAUAUAAUCUUCGGCAGAAGAAGUGGCAGGACCUCCAAAUUGAUUGGAUCCAGGAACUGCAUUGGAACAAGCAAGCCUUUAGACACCUUGUAAUCGAUGAAGAAACCAAGGACAUCAUACAGGCCCUUGUUACAAGCAAGUUGGAAACGGAUCAGACGACAGAUCUGAUCCAAGGUAAAGGCAACGGACUCAUUAUCUUGUUACAUGGAGGACCAGGCACAGGCAAGACCUUUACAGCCGAGAGUGUCGCCGAAUUGGCCGAGAAGCCUCUCUUCCGAGUAACAUGUGGUGAUAUCGGAACAAAACCGGAGGAAGUCGAGAAGUAUCUCGAAUCAGUUCUGCACCUUGGUAAGAUCUGGGGCUGUGUGGUCUUACUCGAUGAAGCCGAUGUCUUUCUUGAGCAGCGCACUCUUACAGACCUUGAGCGUAACGCUCUUGUCUCUGUGUUCCUUCGAGUUCUCGAGUACUACGAAGGAAUCUUGAUUCUCACCUCCAAUCGUGUCGGCACUUUUGAUGAAGCUUUCAAGUCUCGCAUCCAACUUUCUCUUCACUACGAGAGCCUGAGCAAAUCCCAGCGUCGCACCAUUUGGACAAAUUUCCUUCAACGAUUGCAGACGAUUGAGAAGACCGCGGUAGUUCAGCCCAUCACAGACAGGAAGCGCAAGUUUGAGAUCGAACAAGACAUUAACUUUAACGACAUCGAACGGCACUUGGGAGAUUUGGCUGAGGAGGAGAUGAACGGAAGACAAAUUCGCAAUGCCAUCACUACAGCAAGACAGUUGGCAAAGUUCAAGAAUGAGAGUAUGACGUAUAGGCAUUUGGAGCAUGUUAUCAAGAUUUCUAGGAAGUUUGAUAAAUAUCUUGAGAAGGUCAGGGAUAGCUAUUCUGAUGAUCAGGUUGCUAGAGAAGAAGGAAUUCGGUAGAUUUCAUGGCGUUUUUCAGUUUUAAAACGAUGCGCACCUCAUUCUCUAGACAUUGGAAAAGGGGCUGCUGGUGGUUUUCAGUAAUUUGGUGGCUGUGUUAGUGCAGAUAGUGAAGAGCUCCGUAUCUAUUCAAGCUAGAGGGUCUAGACCAGGAUGACAGCUGUAGCAGCAAUGGACUAUUGGUG